CACGUGGAACGACAUGGAAAACAGUAACAAAAUUAUACCACCGCAUUUAAACGCCGAAGUUUACAGAACAGAUGCAACUGGAACAAGCACUAUAUCAUAUUUUGACUAUAUUCGUUUACAUCCCGAUGGAACAAUGCUGGUGGGAUCUUCAGAACUCACAGGAAGAUAUUGGAAUGGCGCUGCUAGUAUUUUUCAAAAAAACUCUGCUGACAAUAAAAGCCAUAAAACACUAAGGAAAGACAUAUAUUUAACUAAUGGGUCAGCAGAUGGCUGUUUCACUGAAAAUUCUCGCAAGAUAUUUCUUGGUGAAGAUGAUGGGGCUGUAAGUAUAUGGUCAAGAAUAGAGAAUGAUGCGUGGAAUCUAUGGAACAAAGAUUUGUCAGUGGCUGAACAUGACGGAGCUGUGAUGAGUGUAGAUUGUUUAGUUCCCAACAAAGAGUAUAUAACUGCAGGUGCAGACGGGAAUAUUAAGGUCUGGGAUACAGUAGAUUUAAUCUGCAUAAGAAACUAUUCAGCAGCCCACGGUAAAUCUGUCCAAAGUGUUUCUGUUCGACCUUAUUCAGAAACAGUGUUUUCAUCAGGCUCUUUGGACUAUUAUGUGUCUAUGUGGGAUGAUAAUAUUGAUUCAGCAGCUUUAGAUCUAUUCAAAAAUGAUUGUGGUAUCCGUUGUUUGCACUGGAUUGAUGAGAACCAUUUGAUUAUUGGAGAUGAAGCAGGAUUUAUCAGUUUGAUAGAUGUUAGAAAACCAGGAGAGGCAACAAAACUUAUUGAAUUUCCUGCCGCAGUUCAUAAGAUUGUUGUACAACCUAAAUGUAAUAGGCUUUCUGUGUGCUGUGAUAACAAGAUUGUGUCCGUAUUUGGAAUUAGUGAAGAUUUGAAACUCAGUUUAAUCUAUGAAAACAGAAAUUUACACAGUAAUUUUGUAAGGGGAAUGGUAUGGGACAGUGAUGACAGAAAUGUAUUACACACAGUUGGUUGGGAUGGCAAUUUGAAGACUCACAAACUGCCUCAUUAAUUCAAUAUUGCUAUUUGACAUAAAUAUAUUUUUAUAAAACAUUCUUUUUUUAUUAAAAGUAUAUUGUCUA